AUGAAGCUCCAACAUCUCUCUCUCAGUGCCGGCCUUCUCGGGUUGGCGCACGCAACUAAUCUGAAAGAUGUUUGCACUGCCAGCCAUGCCAAAUCAGCCUUGCCGGAAAGUGACUUUAUGAAGGGUGUCACCAUCAAGGCAUCAACCAUUACCGCGUCGCCCGUUUACAACACGUCCGUGUCUGGACAGAACUUCUUCCCAGAUGCCACCUUCGAUUAUUGCAAUGUCACCUUUGCCUAUUCCCACACAGGCCGCGAUGACCAAGUUUGGCUAGAGCUUUGGCUCCCAGCACCCGAAAAGUUCCAAAAUCGUUGGUUGUCAACUGGCGGUGGAGGAUUUGCGAUCAACUCUGGAUCGUCAUCUCUCCCGGGUGGAAUCAUGUACGGUGCCGCCGCCGGUAUCACCGAUGGCGGAUUUGGAGGAUUCACUGAACAGGUGGACGAUGUCUUCCUCCUUGCCAAUGGCACGAUCAACCGCGAUGCGCUUUACAUGUUCGGAUAUGAGGCCCACCACGAAUUGACUGUGAUUGGAAAGGCCUUUACCAAGAGUUUCUUCGGCACCACAGACAAGCUGUACGCCUACUAUCAGGGAUGCUCGGAGGGUGGUCGUGAAGGCUGGAGCCAAGUGCAGCGCUAUGCAGGUGAUUGGGACGGUGCUGUCAUCGGUGCCCCUGCCAUGCGAUAUGGCCAGCAGCAGGUCAACCAUCUCUACCCCAACGUCGUUGAACAAACAAUGGAUUACUACCCUCCUCCGUGUGAGCUGGAAAAGAUCAUGAACAUGACGAUUGCCAGCUGCGACAAGCUUGAUGGCCGUGAAGACGGAGUUGUUUCCCGCACUGAUCUUUGCAAAUUGCACUUCGACAUGAAUUCCACCAUCGGCGCUUCUUAUCACUGUGCCGCCUCUUCAAGCACCAUCAACUUGAAGAAGCGUGUUUCCAUGUCGAGCAACACCCCAGAGCAGAGCGGAAAGGUUACCGCCAAGGGUGCUGCUGCCGCCAAAAAGAUGCUGGAGGGUCUGCACACUCUCGACGGAAAGCGCGCCUAUAUCUGGUACCAGCCCAGUGCAUCCUUCGAUGAUGCUCAAACUCAAUAUAACAGCGACACUGGAAAGUGGGAACUGUCCAUCACCUCCCUGGGGGGCGAAUGGGUAACCCGGUUCCUUGAACUCGUCGAUCUAGACAACCUGUCCACCCUGCAAAAUGUGACCUACGACACCUUGACAGAAUGGAUGGCUCUGGGCUGGAACCGCUACGAGGAUGUCCUACAGACAACAAUGCCUGACUUGACCCCCUUCCACGCUGCAGGCGGCAAGAUUCUCACUGUCCACGGCGAAUCCGACCCCAGCAUUCCCGCUGGAUCUUCCGUUCACUACCACAACUCAGUCCGUGAGACUAUGUACCCUCACCUGUCAUACAAGGAUGGCAGUCGUGCUCUGGCCGAAUGGUACCGCCUGUACCUCAUCCCCGGUGCCGCGCACUGCAGCCCAAGCAAUUACCAGCCAAACGGGCCAUUCCCCCAGACAACCCUGGAGACAUUGAUCCAAUGGGUUGAGGAAGAUGUUGCUCCUAAGAGACUCAAUGCAACUGUUCUUCAGGGUGAGCGCGAGGGCGAAAAGCAAGAGAUUUGCUCCUGGCCGCUUCGGCCUCUGUGGAAAAACAACGGAACUACUAUGGAUUGUGUUUACCACCAGGCUUCCAUUGAUACCUGGGCGUAUGACUUCGAUGCUUACAAGCUUCCUCUCUACUGA